CAUCCUUGGACGUGUCCGGUGUCCGGUACAGUGAGGCCCAGUGCGCAAACACAGUACCACCAGUGCGCCAGUGUCACUUGCUGGGGCUUCCUGUCUGUGUUGUCACUUGACGGGGGGAGGGCGGCAGUGCAAAAAAGCUACACGCCUCCAUUUUGUUCCGCGGAUCUCGUCGCCAAGAAGUGUGUUGUCUAAACGAUAUCACUUCACGAAAGACUGCCUGGGGCCGAGGUUUUUUUUUUUAAAGCCUUGUGCAGGAAAUGCUGCACAAAAACUAAACAUUUCAACUACAGGUCAUCGGUAAACGAGAGUAAACGCAAAACCUACCCCCCCAGACACCAUCGGACAGAAAUAGCUAGCGGAGAAAAACAGCGAAUCCUUCCCCGUGACAAACAUGUGAUCUCGUUAAUCAAACACCGAAGAGUGAAAUACCGCCGAGCGAGGCAUCAUCAUCCGCCGGAACCAGACGCGAAUCCCACCGAUAGCGUCCCAUCAGGACGACGACCGACGACCGACGACGGGCUCGUAGUGUCGUUUCGUGUCCACCGAGCAUUUUCACAGUCGAUGAUGCGAGCGAGUACAAGCCAAACAACCACCAGCACCGAAAGAGCAGAAAAAUCGCGUUAGCAUUAUCAUCGAACAUCAUCACCGGAACCCCGGUUUGCCCCGUGACGGUGGUUGUCGCCGUUGUCAUCGUGACCGGCAGUAUCGUCGACAGUCGAUCAUUUCGUUUUCCCCGAGCGACAAUCAUGCGGUGUGUGUGCAACGGUCGUCUAAUAUUGCAAGCGAAUCAAGGCAGCCCACGUGUGGCCAAGUGAGUGUGAGUGUGUAUACGCGGUUGUCAAAGUGAAGAUUUAGUCGGGGACCCACACACAGUAAGAAACGGGUGCUGUGAGUGAGUGAAAAGUGAAAAAUAAAAUCACCCAACGAGGCGCGACGCGAGCUCAAAGCGAGUGACCAACGAUGGACGACGGCACGAUAGCAACGACGGUGGCUACCGUCGGGGGUGGUGGUGGCGGAGGGGGAGCUGGUGGCGGUGUGCUACUCCCCGAUGCCGUCCUCGACAAGCUGUACCAGAGCUACGCGCUCAAGCAGAAGCGGGUCGCCUUUGCCUGCUAUCUGAUCGCCUCGAUCCUGUUCGACAUCUGGGCCAUCGCGGUACCGCAAGGACAGAGCGUGGAAAGCAUAGUCGUUACCAGCGUGUUCCUCACCAUCAACAUCGUCCUGGCGAUCGUGUUGCGCUUCUGUGGGCGGGGCCGGUUCCGCGGCGUCAUAUGGGAAAUUGCACCCCAUCUGGCGUGGCUGCUUGCCAUUAAGCAGCUCUUCCUGCAGCUCUUUCUUAAAGGUUCGGUAACACCCAGAGAUUCACUCGGUUGGGCUGUGUUGCUUAAUUUUUUAGUGUACGUGACCCUGCCCGUGCUGCUGAAGUACACCGGGAUACUGCUCGGGCUCGGUUCGUUCGCCACGUACGUCAAUGCCAUUAUCGGGCUGGCCAAGAAGGAAAACUAUUUUUGGGAACAGCAAGUGGCCAACGUACUGCUGCUCAUUGCUGCCACCCUGAUUGGGCUGCUGUGCUACUUUCUGGCGGAGGCAAAACAACGACGAGCCUUUCUCGAGGCAAAGCAAGGCCUAGAGGUGAAGAUGCUGAUCGAGGAACAGUCUGCCGAACAGGAGCGAUUGCUGCUGUCGGUGCUGCCCGAGCACGUUGCGGUCAAGAUGCGGCAGGAUCUCGGCUCCACCAACUCGGAACAGUUCAAGAAAAUCUACAUGAGCCGCCAUGAAAAUGUCAGCAUCCUGUAUGCAGAUAUCGUCGGCUUUACGGCCAUCUCGUCCACCUAUUCGGCACAGGAUCUGGUGAAGAUACUGAACGAACUGUUCGCCCGCUUCGACCGGCUUGCCGAGAAAUAUCAACAGCUGAGGAUAAAAAUUCUUGGCGAUUGUUACUACUGCAUCAGUGGAGCCCCCGUCGAGCGGCCGGAUCAUGCCGUCCUGUGUGUGCACAUGGGCCUGUCCAUGGUGAAAGCGAUCAAGUACGUCCAGCAGAAGACUAACUCUCCGGUGGAUAUGCGCGUCGGCAUACACACCGGAGCGGUGCUGGCGGGCAUUCUGGGCCAACGGCAGUGGCAGUUCGACGUGUACUCGAAGGAUGUCGAGCUGGCGAACAAGAUGGAGUCGAGCGGAAAGGCUGGCCGUGUCCAUCUUUCGGAGAAAACGCUCGGCUUCCUGAACGGCGAGUUCGAGGUGGAGCCGGCCUACGGUGAAAAGCGCGAGGAAGCACUGCGAAUAGCAGGCCUUAAGACGUAUUUCAUUACGAAGGUGCUUAAACCGUUCUGCCCAUCGGAGCACAAAAAUGGUUCGGCCGAUCCGAAGGAUGUGGUCAUCGAGGCGGACGGUCCGUCCGAGAUCUUCCGCGAUGAGGACGACCCGAAGGGCGCCAGCGAAGCGAACGGUGUCGGUGACGAACCAUCCACACCGGGCACGGACGACAAAACGGAAACGCUGGAGGACGAGCAGGCGUCCGAGGACUACAAGAUGCGCCUCCGCAAAGAGCUCGUCAGCCGGGACGGGCACAGCGAAAUCAGCAAGGAUACAACCAUUUUCCUCACGUUCAACGACAAGACGCACGAGACGGCCUACAACGAGUACCGGGAGCCGCACAGUGCCGUGCCACUGCUGGCCGCCCUGCUGGUGCAGUUCGUCGCCAUUCUGUACGCGCUGCUGGUGCUUCCAAGGACGGCGGUGCACUUUGAAAUUGUGAUACCGCCGCUAGUGAUUAUAUUCGUGAUGGUGUUCAUCUCCGUCGCGGAAAGUCUAACCGGGAUUCUGCCGGCAUUCAUCACGCUAAACAGCAAACGAUACAACGAUAGCACCAGCUUACGGAAAUCGACGGCCAUCAUUAUCGUACUGCUGCUGGGCGUUUCGAACGUGAGCGACAUGCUGGCCUCCUCGCAUCGGACACCGCUAAGCCUCAACAUUACCAACGUGUCGUUCGCGUCGACCGAGAUGGAACCGUCGAGCGUGUGUCUGUUCCCGUCGUACUUCAGUAACUAUACCGUUUUAAUACUAAUUGCCACCUCAAUCAUAACGCAAUUAUCGCAUCUCAGCAAAAUUUUAUUAAUGAUCAUCAUAACCGCGAUCCAUUGCUACGUGAACAUCUUCCACCUGGACGAAGCAUUCCGAAACGAGGACUUUGGUAUCAUGAACGUCUUUCCACUACGCUACACACUGUCCGCGCUGCUGGUGGCCGUCACGAUAGCGCUCUCCUUCCUGGCCCGACACAUCGAUAAGGUAGAUCGUGUAAUAUUCAUGUGGAAGACGGAGGUGAUCGACCAGAAGGAGAAGGCGAGCGAUAUGCGGCGCCGGAACGAGGCGCUCGUCUACAACGUUCUGCCGAUGCACGUGGCGGAACAUUUCAUGGGCAAUCGGAAACGGUCGCACGAUGACCUGUACUCGCAGAGCUACGCCGAGGUGGGCGUCCUGUUCGCCAGCAUGCCCAACUUUUCCGACUUCUACUCGGAGGAAACGGUCAACAACCAGGGGCUGGAGUGUUUGCGCUUUCUGAACGAGGUCAUAUCGGACUUCGACGCGCUGCUGGAGUUGCCACAGUUCCAGGACAUCAUUAAAAUCAAGACAAUCGGGUCCACGUACAUGGCGGCCAGCGGUCUAAACCCGUCCCGUAUCGUCAAGCCGGAAGAUCCGGUCUCGGUGCGGUGGGCCCAUCUGGCGCUGCUGGUAGAGUUUGCGCUCGAGCUGAAGAAAGCGCUCCAGGGCAUCAAUGAGCAGUCGUUCAAUCAUUUCGUGCUGAAGAUGGGCGUUAAUCAUGGACCGAUUACGGCCGGUGUGAUUGGUGCCCGCAAACCACACUACGAUAUCUGGGGCAACACGGUUAACGUAGCGUCCCGGAUGGAAAGUACCGGAAAGGCCGGAGCGAUUCAGGUGACGGAGGAAACGUGUCAGAUACUGCAAACGUUCGGGUACACGUUCGAACAGCGUGGACUCGUAGCGGUGAAGGGUAAGGGCCAGCUGAUGACGUACUAUCUGCAGGGGAAGGUUCCACGACCGGCUGGGCCAACUGCAUCACCCAUUCUGCAGAAUGUAACCGCCAUGGAGACGGUCCAGGAGGUGGACGAAUCGAAGGAAAGUCCACCGGCCCUGGCACCACCAACCACCGACGGCACUUCACCCGCCCAUCAGCUACACUCGAUGUCCUCCAGCACGACCAGCCCGAACAGUGUGCGGCUCAAUCAGGAGUACGUCGAGAUGAAGGCAUCGAACAGCAGUAGUACGACGACCGCGGUACAGGAGAGCGUCACCAAGCAGCAGGCCAGCAGCACGCUAACGGUCGUGUCGGAGAAAACUACCACCAUUUCUAGUACGAGCAGCACUAGCUCCACCAUCGAAACCACCGUCAGCAAAACGGCCCAAUCGAGUGUGAGGUCGUCGACGCUGUUCAAUGGAGGCGAAGGAACGCCGGCGGACGACAGUGACGCCCAGACACCGUUGCUCGAGGGCAAGAACAGUACCAACGCUAGCUCGAACCACUUCGGCGAGGGCGAAAAGGAUGCACUGCUGGAGAAUGGCUCCUAAGGAGUGAUGGAGGAGCGCAUCGCGCCAUCUUCUUUGAUAAUCGCGUAGUGUAUAGUGGUAAGCUUUAACGUUGGGGACAAGUGAUCGUCACACCGAGCGUGGUAGUAUAUACCAAAGAGUUUUAAGUUUGCAAAAAAAAGGAAAUUGGUUUUGUUGAGUAUCGUUAGCUAAAUCUAUUUCGCCUAGUCAAAACAAAGCAUCAUUUACUCCAGUACUCUAUUAUUGUUUGGAGCAUAUUUUUAAAACCUCUAAACGCUUGUUGGCACCUCCAAAAACCUUUGCUUUAGAUAGCUGAUAUGCCUGAGAUGUGUUGGCUGGUGUAUUUAUUGAAAGGAAGAUCUUGUGAAACGAAGAUUUAAAAGACUGCCAGAAACUGAUAUAUACUUACGUUAGUAAAACUCCUCGCUCCCCAUCUCUCCCGGAAGUACUUUAGUACAAUCAUCGGUACAAUUAGGUCUUUCGGUGGCCACGAUUCUAAUUUUUAGUACAAUAUAUUUGUGUUUUUUUCUACUUUCGAAAGAGGCUUCUUAACUUACUCAAAUGAUACUGUACUCAGUGCGCUGAGUGCGAGGAAAGCAUUCCACCGAUAUAAGUACAUGAUCACCGCAUAGUGGCGGUCCUGUGGCGGUUUAUGGUACGCUGGUUCGUUUCUCCACACUAGGAACGCACACACUAUUCUUCCCUUGUUUAUUUUUAAUCAGUAGUUUUAUGUAACGAAUUGCGGAAACCAACAUAUCUUGUUGCAUUAAUCGAACGAUCGACAAUGGUGGAUCACAACUUCACGAACCUUUUAGGAGAAUUAUUUACUUACGAUACUUUUAAACCUCAUUACCUAACGAAACAGAUAUACGUUGUCGUUCGAUGCACAAACUAUUAUUAUUUUUAAAGAAAGAAAAAAAAACAAAUUAUUUUAAAUAAAAGAUAAAACAAUUCGAAACGAAAUGAAACACCAGUUUUCAAAGGAAACACACAAGAGAAACAAACCAAAAUUUCGAUUAGAAAAAAAGCAAAUUGGCAAUAACGAAGCAGAAACAGUAGAGAAUGAAAGGGAAGGAAAUGAAGCAUGAAAGAGAAGGGUGUAGCAACACUAGUAGCAUUCAUUCAAUGUGAUUAAAUCGACGCAUCGACUCAUUAAUAUGAUGUACUGUACUUGUUGUUUUGCGCUUCAUAACAAGAUGGAUAUGUACUUAGAGUUAAGGGUAAAGUUGAGACACUUUGCAAAAGUGAUACAAACAAAAUAUACAGCAAGAGUGAACAAAAAUACCGCGAAAACUGCAUUAAAAUUAAAAUCCAAUCUUAAAAAAUUGAUGUGAAUUAGAGACAAAGCCCCAACAAAACCUUCACCGCAUACAAGAAAAUAAAACAAACAUAAGAGAUGAAGAGAAGGUAGUGCGAGAGUAAGGGCAUCAGUGUAGGACACUAGCGAACUAGCGCGAAGGGCGAAUGUGCGUGUGUGAAUACUCAUUCUUCACCUGAAUGUGUGUUUGUGUGUAUGUCUGUUAACAAAUUUUCUUCGACGUCAUUCUUGAAUGAAGAUAAACCCGCUUUAGCAGAUGAACAGUCGCUAGGGAGGGACGAUAGAAGCAGCAGUAGUAAUAGCAGUAGCAUUAGCAGCUAGAAAUUAAAGGUGGACAUUAAGAGGGAAGAGAGAUACAGUCCCCGUUUCAAGGCGAGCAACAGCAAAGCAAGAAAGAGUCGAACGAGUGUCACGUGUAAUCACUGAAGGCCCGUGUAGCGACUAAAACACCAAGAGCCGAUCUGUCUGCCCUUGGCACAUUACGCCUAAGCGCACUGUCCUGUGACGUUACCUUUUUUCUAUUGAAAAUGUUUUUUAUAUCAGUCCCUGUCUAGUCACUGUCCAAGGAUACGGAGAGAAAAACACAAAUCAACUUAAGUACAAAACCGAUCACAAAACGUAAAACCCAAACCGAAAUCUCACGCAUGAUCACCCGAUCGAGUAUAUCGGUUAGCUUCAUCCUUAUUUUAAGAUCGACCCCAUCGAACCACACUGUGUGUAGAUUAGUUUUGUCUUAGUCCCAUGUGUGUCCCAUGCAGAAGACAAAGGUCACCCUAGUUGCUAUGUGUGCGUGUAAAGCAAAACAGAGAUCGAGUAUAACUCGAAUGGCGGUCCUCCUACCGAAGAAUCUCAUGCAGUAAAAUAAAAUCGCUGAAUACAAAACCCCCUGUA